UUCAACCACUCUUGUGGCCAUCAUCAGGUAUGACAUAAUGCCAGGGGGGAGAAGAGGUCUUGUUGCUCCCCAAAAUACCUUCCUGGAAAACAUCAUCAGGAGAUACAACUCAUUUGCUGACUGCAGUUUUCUCCUAGCUAAUGCCCAGAUUGUGGAUUAUCCUAUCGUUUACUGCUCGGACACUUUCUGUAAGAUAGCGGGCUACAAUCGGGCAGAAGUGAUGCAGAAGUCAUGUCGCUGUACCUUCAUGUAUGGCGAUUUAACAGACAGAAUUACUAUAGCAAAGAUUAAUCAGUGCCUCGAUAGCCAAGCCUUAGACCAGCUCGAAAUUCUUCUUUAUAAAAAGAAUCACACUCCACUAUGGCUGUUACUCCACAUUGCUCCUAUAAAAAACGAAAAAGAUGUUGUAGUGCUGUUUCUCCUGACAUUCAGGGACAUCACAGCCUUGAAACAACCUUUAGAAGACGAUGCCAGCAAAGGUCUCAGCAAGUUUGCUCGACUAGCACGAUCUGUCACAAGGAGUCGCUCUGUUUUUGUCCAGCAGUUCUCCUCUCACCUGCCCGUCGUCAAGUCAGACAAUGCCAAACAAUCGCAGAUUACACACGAUUCUUUCCCCCUGGUUCGCUUCCAGAUGAUGAGCCUGAGUGCCGACAUGAUGCCCCAGUACCAACAAGAGACUCCCAAAACUCCACCUCACAUCCUUCUACACUAUUGCGCCUUCAAAGCCAUCUGGGAUUGGAUCAUCUUGUGUCUCACUUUCUAUACUGCCAUCAUGGUGCCCUACAACGUGGCCUUCAAAAGCAAAACAAGUGAAGAUGUCAGCUUUUUGGUGCUUGACAGUAUUGUUGAUGUCAUCUUCUUCAUCGACAUCGUUCUCAACUUCCACACAACGUUUGUUGGUCCAGGUGGUGAAGUGGUUUCUGAUCCUAAAAUCAUCAGGAUGAAUUACUUGAAAAGCUGGUUUAUCAUAGACCUGCUAUCCUGCCUUCCAUAUGAUGUCUUCAACGCCUUUGACCAUGACGACGACCAGGGUAUUGGUAGCCUCUUUAGCGCCCUGAAGGUGGUUAGAUUGCUCAGACUAGGACGCGUCGUUCGGAAGUUGGACCGUUACCUGGAAUACGGGGCCGCCAUGUUGAUCCUGCUGCUGUGUUUCUACAUGCUUGUUGCACACUGGUUGGCCUGCAUCUGGUACAGCAUCGGUCGCAGCGAUGCAGAGAACGGCUUUGUGUACAGCUGGCUGUGGAAACUGGCUAAUACCACUCAGAAGCCGUUCUACUUCGACUUCUCCAAUGAAACCUACAGGACAGAGCUGUCCGGUGGUCCUCCAAGAGGGACUAUGUACGUCACAUCUCUUUAUUUCACUAUGACCUGCAUGACUAGCGUGGGAUUUGGUAACGUCGCUUCGGAAACGGAUAACGAAAAGGUUUUCACUAUCUGCAUGAUGAUUAUAGGAG